AUGGAGCUUGCAGCUGAAUUAAAAUGUUGUAGUGAACUGGCAAUCAGUAAUUCCCAAAAAAUUGAAAGCUUAGAGACUGAAACAACAAAGCAAGAAGAAGACAAUAUUCCAAAGAAUAUUAGAGCUCAGCACAAUCAAGAUAUCAAAGUUUGGGAGGAUGAUGAAUGUACUUUUCUUAAAACCAGAGCAACAUAUCACAUACUUAAAUCUUUACCUUCCAAUGAUUGCAUUAUUGUCACAGGCAGUUCGGGUUGUGGUAAAUCUUCAAACAUUCAUCAUGCUGCCUUACAGUUGCGUGACAGGUGGGGAUAUGAGAUAAUACCUGUUUUAACAGGACCAAUAGACAUUAUAAAUUAUUAUAAUGAAAGCAAAAAACAAGUGUUUGUUGUAGAUGAUAUUUGUGGAAAAGAAUCUAUCAAUAUUCAGACAUUAAACAAUUGGAGAGAUAAUUCAGAAAGAUUGGAGAAAAUAUUCAAAACUGUAGAACAUGAAACUAACAGCACUUUUUCACAGAUAACAGGUUCAAAGUUAAUGAUUUCGUGUAGGUUACAUAUAUAUAAAGAAGAACAGUUUCAAUUAUUUAAGUUACUCACAAGAAAAGAAUGUAAUUUAUUAUCAACAGAUAUGUGCCUGCUGCAAGACGAAAGAAAGUUAAUGUUGGAAAAGUACAUACCAAAGGCCAUUACUGACAGUGUAAUGAAAGUCGAUGAAAAAGUUGAUUUCUUCCCUUUGCUCUGUAAAUUGGCAAAAUGUAAAACAACAAAAGAAGUCAUUGAACUUUUUACAGCUCCUGUGGAUAGCAUUAUAGAGAACAUAAACCACAUUGUUAGUGAAAAAAAAGAACAGUUUUUUGCUCUUGCUCUAUGUUUAUUAUUUGAUGAUAAAUUCAAUACAGAUUGGCUUAAAUUGAAAUCAAUUUCAGCGGAGGAGAAGAAGGACCGGCUUGCAGACAUUCUUAAAGAAUUUGAAAUAGAUUUAUCCAAGGAAAUGCAAAGAAAUGCUUUAAAAUCUGGGUUUACAACUUUAGAAGGCACAUAUUUAAAGAAAAUAGGCAGCGAGUACAGAAUUAUACAUGACAAAAUUCAUGAAAUGGCAGCUGUAACCUGUGGCCAGCGCCUUCCAGAAUGUUUUAUAAAAUAUGCUCCCCCUGAAUUUAUUCGUGACCAUUUCAUCUUUAAAUCUGUCAUAGAAGGACCUGUAAAGAAUGAUGUUAUAUUACUAUCAUUUGAUACAGAAAAAGAGUAUUUUGAAAGAUUGUUGAGUGAUUUAAAAAAAAAAUCGGCAUCAUGUGGCUAUCUUGAUCUAGUUCAGUUUUUGGUUGAUACUGUUAAAUGUAAUGUAAACUUUAAAAAUGAAAGUCCAGCUUUAUAUAAAGCCUUAGAGGGAGGAAAAACAGAUGUUGUUAAAUUUUUAUGCGAGAACAAUGCUAGCGUUUCAAAGUGGAACAUGUAUGGAAAUUCCCCAUUGCAUUUGGCUUGUAAAGGAGGAUUUACAGAUACAGCUGAGUUGUUAUUGGAGAACAAUGCUGAUGUCGCUAAGUGUAACGACAGUGGAGAGUCUCCAUUGUAUGUGGCUUGUAGAGGAGGACAUGUAAAUACAGUAAAACUUUUAUUGCUGUACAAUGCUAGUGUUUCGCAGUGUGAUAAACAUGGAGGACGGUCACCGUUACAUAUAGUGUGUGAUAGAGGAAAUGCAGAUGUUAAUCUUUGUGAUAAAGAAGCACAUACACCAUUAGAUACUGCUCGUAACUCAGAAUUUAGUGAAAUUGUAACACUUCUUGAGGAAAGUCUCGGCUUGCAAACACCGCAUUUAAAAUAA